AUGGACAGCUCAAGACAAUUCAAGGCAUCCACAUUCCAGUCUACCUUGGAUUGUUCAAGGUCCCUAGACCAUUUCAUUAUCUCAGCAUGGUCCUGA